AUGUUAUCCCAGUUGCCAUCAUCAAUAGGUGUCGCCUCCCACCCCCCAUUGUCAUCCCCAUACCCGUCAUCAUACCCCCCAUCAAUUCCCCCUUUCCCUCCCCCUUUCCCUCCCCCUUUCCCGCUUCCUGUUCCUCCUCCCCCUAUCCCUCCCGCUUUUCCUCCCCCUUUUCCUCCUCCUUUCCCUCCCUUUUUUCCACUAACUGCCAGUUUACUCGCUUCCCCCAAUUUCCUUCCGCUGACCUGGGGAGGUUGGGGGCGUUGGGGUAAAAGUGGGGUAGACGAGGAGGAGGAGGAGGAGGAGGAGGAGGAGGAGGAGGAGGAGGAGGAGGAGGAGGAGGAGGAGGAGGAGGAGGAGGAGGAGGAGGAGGAGGAGGAGGAGGAGGAGGAGGAGGAGGAGGGGACGGCACUGUGA